UAAGGGGUUAGCUGAGGGCUGAUUAGAGAGCUUUUUUCUUUUUUUCUGCAGGCGGAAUUGUUAAACCUCCGACUAGAGCCAUGGCUGUUCCUCUGCUUACCAAGAAGAUUAUUAAGAAGAGGGUCAAGAAGUUCAAGAGGCCCCACAGUGAUCGAUACCACAGAGUUGGGGAAAGCUGGAGAAGGCCCAAGGGUAUUGAUUCUCGUGUGAGGCGAAAGUUCAAGGGUGUCACUUUGAUGCCCAAUAUUGGUUACGGUUCAGACAAAAAGACCCGUCAUUACCUUCCCAACGGCUUCAAGAAAUUUGUGGUGCACAAUGUUAAAGAAGUGGAAGUGUUGAUGAUGCACAACAGGACAUACUGUGCUGAAAUCGCACACAAUGUUUCCACCAGGAAAAGGAAGGAAAUUGUUGAACGCGCAGCACAGCUGGAUGUUGUUGUUUCCAACGGACAAGCCAGGUUACGUAGCCAGGAGGAUGAGUAGAAGUAGAGAGAAUAGUUUUGAAGGGUUGCUUACAAACUUCUCAUAUUCUGUUUAGACGGAUAAAGGAACUCCAUUUUUGUUCAGUUUAAGGAGCUAUUGUUCAUUUGCUUCAUUUUGUUCUCAUGAUAUCUGAGUUGGUAGUUGGGUCCUAGCUUGUUUUGAGUACUUGCUGGUUUUUAUAUAAUUUAUGGUUUUUAUAUAAGUUAUCUACAUGAUAAUGGCUGAGAUGCUACUGGUUUUAACU